AUGCCGGGAGACAUACACAACAUCUGUGUGCCUCAGGCCAUGGACCAGCAGCAGUUUCAGGAGGGACUGGCUGAAGAUACACAGCCUGUGGUGUGCAAUGUGAGUGGGGAUGGACAGAUGGUGCUGGUGAACCCCAGUGAGCCGGUGUAUCUCACACUGAGUUCUGCACCAACACACAGAGAAGAAGACGUGAGUGUGGUCCGGACUACAAGGCAGCCUCCCCACUACCAUCAGGCAGCCUAUACCCUGUCUGGUCAGACCUCCAACAUGCAGCCUCAAGCCCCCCCAGCACAGACUGCUGGAGCUUUGUGUGAGCUGAGGUCCAGGAAACCCUGCCACUGCACCAGAUCCCAGUGCCUCAAACUCUACUGUGAGUGUUUUGCUAAUGGACUGAUGUGCAGCAACUGUGACUGCUCUAACUGCCACAACAAUGCAGAGCAUGUCACAAAGCGUCAAAAAGCCAUUAAGUCAUGUUUAGGUCGGAACCCAGACGCCUUCAGGUCUAAGAUCGCUGCCGGGCCGUCAGGAGAGGUCAAAGGUUGGCACAACAAAGGCUGCCACUGUAAACGCUCGGGUUGCCUGAAGAACUACUGCGAGUGCUAUGAGGCCAACAUCAUGUGCACCUCCAGCUGUAAAUGUGUGGGUUGCAGGAACUAUUAUUUUGAUGACUCAGAGAUGGGUCCGAAGGAGAGCAGCGUCAGUGUGGAGGACAGGGGCUCUUUAUCUGUGAUAACCCCUGCUGUGGUGGAGGCUGUGUGCGGCUGUAUGCUGGCCCAGGCGGAGGGGGCAGAGAGCGGGGCCCUGAGCCCCCCCCAGGCUGAGCGCAUGGUACUGGUGGAGUUCGGACACUGCCUCUCACAAAUCGUCAAGGCUAUGUUCAAGAACAAUUCAGACUGA